AUUAUCUGAAAACCUGAACAAAGGGUUUGUGUUGCUUUUGCUAUGGCUGUUUUGGGCGUUUAGCCUAUUUAUUCCAAAGAACGCCACGCAAACCAGGGAAACAAACACAUUGUUGUUGGAAUUAUUGUCUGGUUGUUUAUUGGUUUUUUUCUCUCUGAAAUGGGAGGAAUAUCGGAUAACAUUCGUGGGUUUGCUUUGGCAAUCUCUUCAAGUAUAUUCAUUGGUUCUAGCUUUAUAAUAAAGAAAAUAGGCCUCAAAAGGGCGGGUGCUUCUGGAACUCGAGCAAGCAAUGGAGGCUACUCAUAUCUUAAGGAACCUUGGUGGUGGGCUGGGAUGAUUACAAUGUUUGUUGGAGAGGCUGCAAACUUUGCUGCCUAUGCAUAUGCUCCAGCUAUUCUUGUAACACCACUGGGAGCCCUAAGUAUCAUUUUCAGCGCAAUAUUGGCUCAUUUUUAUUUGGACGAACGUUUACAUAUGUUUGGUGUGGUUGGUUGUAUUCUUUGCUUGGUUGGUUCCGUAACGAUAGUUUUACAUGCUCCUUUGGAAAAGGAUAUUGAAUCUGUCAAACAAGUAUGGCAUCUUGCUACUGAGCCAGGUUUUAUAGUGUAUACUUUUGUUGUUUUGGCUCUGGUCAUCGUUCUAAUUGUUGUAUAUGUGCCACGCAAUGGACACACACACAUGGUCGUGUACAUUGGAAUUUGUUCGCUUAUGGGUUCUCUUACGGUUAUGGGUGUGAAAGCUGUUGCAAUCGCUCUGAAGUUGUCACUGUCAGGAUCAAAUCAGUUUAUAUACUUUCAGACUUGGUUUUUCACUAUUUUGGUCGUCAUUUUUUGUGUCACGCAGCUGAUAUAUCUGAACAAGGCAUUGGACACCUUCAACACAGCAGUGGUUUCCCCAGUGUAUUACGUCAUGUUCACCACCCUUACUAUCUUAGCCAGCAUGAUAAUGUUUAAGGAAUGGGAUUCUCAAGACGCAUCUCAGAUUGUAACAGAAAUUUGCGGGUUUGUGACCAUCUUAAGUGGAACAUUUCUGCUGCAUAAGACCAAAGAUAUGGGAGGUUCUUCCACAUCAUCACCUUCCUACCACAGGUCUCGAGAUUCAAGUCCUACAAAUGAAGCUCAACCAUGAAAUUCUUGCAUAAAAAAUCAUAUACAUAUAUAUAGAUAUAUAUUUAUAUGUUCUUGUGUCAACAAAUAUGCAUUUUUAUUACGCAAUACCUUUACCCCAAACUCUUCACACAGUUAACCAUUCUUACACAUCCAUGCCUUGUUUAUUAUUAUUAUUAUUUUUUUU